AUGUAAAAACGAAUGUUAUUCAUGUUGUUUUACCAAGCGCGCUGGUCUUUCUGUUUUGCUGGCUUCGAUCGACCUGGGCGGCGUGUUCAUUAGAAUCACCUGUGAAUGAAGUAGUCUAACCUGCAAUAUUUCCAAGCGACUUGAAAUGUAAACAGGGAAACACGUUAUGAAUCUCGAAACCACUCUAGGGGAGGCAUUUGCCAACACCAAUGUUCAGGCGAUUGUUGGUGUGCUUCGUGAGGAAAAAGCCUUUAAGUCCGCGGUCAACAGGCUGGACAAAGUUUGUAAUAAGGAGCUGGACAGAAAUGAAUUCAGAAACAUCUCGCUGGUUUUGAGAGCGGUGGAAAGUUUGUGUGAAAGUGAUGAGGAGGCUGUCCACUCGUUUGUUCAGCAAGGUCUGGUGGUGAAGAUGUUGGGGUGGUUUGAAAGGGCCACUGGCUUCCUACGAUUGGAGGAAAUGAAGUCAGUUAAAGGCCUGGCUAAUCUCAUCGAAGAGUUUUAUGAUGUUUCCAUGAGCAUCUGUCGGAUGAGCUUGGAAGGAAAAGGGCAAAUCCAGGAUGUGUUUGUGCUGAAGUUUGGAAUGCUGGUGAUUGACGGCAACAUUUCCUUUACCCUGCGAUUGGAGGCUAUCAGAACGAUUAACUCAAUCCUUGACAGGGCAACCAAAGAGGAGAGGAAGAAGUUCACCCUGUCUGAUGAUCACUGCUUACUUCUCCAGGAGUUUGCUAAAGUGGUUCUCAGCGUGGGUGACUAUGAAAUGCAGGUGGCCAUCUCAGAAGCCCUGUGCCGCAUGACCGUGAGGAAAUGCAGAGAAGAGCUGGUCUACAAGUGGUUUUCCAAUCCCGCAUUUGGCGAUUCCUUUAAGGCAAUAAAUGAUAGAGAAUUUGAGACUCUGCAUUGUUAUCAUGCUGUCUCUUCUACAAAGGAUUGCAGAAAGUUUUUGAAUGAAGUCAAUAACUCUUUUGGAGAUGAAAGAAGAGUGGUCACCUUUCCCUGUGUGAAAGCUUUUCUGGACUUGACAGAGCUAUUCAUGCCAGAUGACAAGAAUCUCGACAAGUUCUGGAUUGAUUUCAACAUUGGCACUUCCUGCAUCAGUUUCUUUGUGAAUGAUCCCGAGGGUACACUUUGGGAAUCAAUUAAUCUGCCAAAAACAGCUGUCAGUGGAUAUAAUGUGCUAGGAUGUGAUGAGCAGAAAAUAUUGACAGUCCAAAUGGCCAUUCCUGUCUCUCACAGCAAGGCAAAAGGGAGAUCAAUUCAGAUUAUUUUCGAUGCUCAGUAUGACAUUGGGAGUGCUGUCAAGAGGGCAUUUGGCGAUAAACAAUGGCAAAGGGUGCAGUCUGAAGAACAUCCCGCAUUAGUCGUCAGCGAAACGCCAGCAGAAGAAUCCCAAAAUGUCCAGGAAGCCGUACCAUGUCCCUCGACUUCAGUAACUACAGAGCAAGCUGAUGUGGCACCUGUUGGACAGAGAGAGAAACCUGAGGCAACAUCAUUGCCCGAGAGGGCAGGUACCUUUCAGCUGGACGAUCACUCUGACACAGAGGUGGUGAGGGCAAAGGCCAGGCUCUUCAGCCAUUCAGCAUCAUCAAACGGGGCUGCAUUAUCUACCCCAGUCACUGGAGAGAAGCAGAAGGAAUCUCAGAAGAUCAGACGCACUAGGGCAGCUUCUGAGAGUGACGGCAGUGUGUCCCAGGGCGAGCGUGGCUUUCAGCGGAGAGGAUCUGACCGCUUCGAUUACACCAGAAAGAAGCUGAAAACCAAAGCCACCCUGAAGAUCCUCCCUCUGUCAUCUGCCAGCAGUACUGAGGAGCCAGAUGUCGUCAAGCACUCGACACCAACUCUAAAGUCACUGGAAAGGGAAGAGGAAGGUGAACUCACUAAGAGAACGCCUUUCCCAGCAUCCAAAGACCAACGUUUGGAUAUUUCAGCUAUACCAACAUUUCCAGGCCUUGACUCAGGCUUUCCGGAAGAGACCGUGUUGAACAGUUCUGGGUUUUCUUCGGUUGGCCAAGAUAAAACCAGCACAAAGGAUCCAAAAUCUAGCAAGGUGACAUCAUCUCCUCUUGCAGCAAAAAGGAAAACUGAAUUAACAGCGCCAGUUUUGGGCCUGGCACCAGAGAAACGGCAGGUUCUGCAGGCGGAGGGCCAGCCCAACCUUGGCCUUAAACCCAGAAAACUCUUCCCAUCCAGCCCACCGAGGCCAACCACUGACAAGGCAACCACAAUGUUACCUGAAGACACCGAAUCAGAGACAGAGAUGGGUUCUGCUGUCGUCACUGCCUUUCAGACCUUUAAAAAUCAACUGAGAGAGCACUUCUCGUCCAGAUAUAAGAAAAUAGAAUCUCGAUCCCUGAAGUCCCUCACUGACUGUCAGAAUCAUGUGACUUCAUUACUGGGCACUGUACACAGACACAGGCUACUGCACUUGGAGAGGUUCCAGGCCACGGUGGUGAAUGAGUUGAACAACCUGGAGCGUGACUGCCACUCACUGAAGGAUAUUGAGAAGGAAACUGUGAACUUUUGGAGGACAGAGUCACAGGCCGUGGCAUUGUUCUGUGACAAGCAGCAGAGAAGAUUACGGUCAUUAGAAUCCCUACGGAAGGACUCCAAAAGCAGAACAGCAGAAGAGGAUGUGGCAUCAUCUUCACAGACAACUCGAUAGGAAAUGACCACAGGUGGCAAGAGCAUCAAAAUGCCCUCUUAAAAAAAAACAACAAAUAAAAACAUUCAAUACUGAAAUUUGACAUUAAAAUUGAAUUUGGGACAGUCAUAGCCUCUUUGUUCCACAAAAAUUACUUGUAUUAUUUGCUGCAGAAAUACAAUACUGUAUAUCUUGCAAAAA